AUUUUUUUUUACACCCCUAAUUUCAUUACGCAUUUCAUCCCCCAAAACAGAGCAUUCUUCUAGCAAAGAGCGCAUGCAUGAGCUGUGCUGGAGUGUGAACUUCUGAGACAAAAGGGAAGAAUUUUAUUUCAAACAAAGUACGUACUGUAACCUUCGAAAUGGCGCCAACUGUAUUCCCAGAUAAGCGGACCACUGCUAAGAGGAGGAUAUUGGAAUCUAGGUUUUGGAAGCUGCUGGCGCAAUAUCAACAAGAUGGUAUUCCCCUAGUAGUUCAGCCUUCAGGAGAUGCAGUCCCAGAAAGAGAACAUACGUCUUCUACAAGUACGAGAGCAGAAGUGCCGCCAGAUUUAGUCCCUUUAUACAGAUCCUAUCUUGAAGAGCUUAAUGAGCGGCGCCGGGAAGAAGAUGUUCCGCUGCUUCCUCCAGACUUGGAGCUGUCUGGAGGACGACGAGAUGAUAGAGGGCCAAUUAAUACCACCCGCCAAGAAGAUCUGCCUUCAGGAGAUGCAGUCCUAGAAAUAGAAGAGACCCCUACAAGCACGACAGGGAUAACAGGCAUUAAUAAAUGCCAAGAAAUGAUAAAUAUGAUCUCUAAGUACACCCCAAGGUCAUUGAGUGUAAACGCCAGCAAAAGAACAUGUUGCAUCUUCAAAGUCCCCCAUACGUUCGUUGGCAACUCAUAUCACCUUUCUGUUGUCUCCAUCAGGCCCUAUCACCGAGGCAUGACGCAGCUCAUGAUGAUUGAGGAGCACAAGUGGCGGUAUCUCAAGUCCUUGCUCUGCAGAAAACAGACCAAGACCUUCGAGGACUACUUGGAAAGCAUAGAGCCACUUGAAAAGGAUGCAAGGGAAUACUAUUCGGAGAUCAUUCAACUUAAAAGCCAUGAGUUCAUUGAAAUGAUGGUUCUUGAUGGCUGCUUUAUGAUAGAAGUUUUUCGCAAGAUUAAAGACCCGAGACAAUUCGAGGCCGGUGACCCCCUGCUCACCGUUGGUUGGAUAUUACCAUUUUUAUAUACGGACUUCCUCCUGCUCGAGAAUCAGAUACCAUUCUUUAUUCUAGAAAAGUUAUUUGAAAUAUCCAAAAUGCCUAGCGAGGAGUCUAGUUUGUCCUUGCUUGCUAUGCAAUUCUUCAACGAAGCUACUGCAUUGCGAAGACCUGAUGAUUUCAUAUGCCGGUUUCAUGAUCUAAAAGGCUGGCAUUUACUGGACUUGGUUCGUUUAAGCUUUGUACCUGAGGAAGAAAUAACACAAAGCAGUGGCACACCAACCCAUAUUAUGCACAGCAUCUCAAAGCUCCACGGUUCGGGGAUUAAGCUCAAUCUGGCCAAGGCGGAAAGCUUCUUGGUUGUGAAAUUCAAGAAUGGUGUGAUUGAGAUGCCUCGUAUAAGACUUGACGAACUCAUGGGCUCUUUCUUGUCAAAUUGCGUGGCAUUCGAGCAGUGCCAUUGCGACGUCUCCAAACACUUCACCACUUAUGCAACCUUCUUGGAGUGCCUCGUGGAAAGUGCCCAGGAUGUUGGGUACCUACGCCACCACAACAUUAUGGAAAACAAUCUUGGUAACGAUGACGAGGUUGCGUGUUUCAUCAACAAGAUGGGCAAGGACGUGAUGAUUGAUAGUGAUAGCUAUUUGUCCAAGUUGUUUAAGAAUGUGGACGAGUAUUAUAGAAAUAGCUGGAACUUGCAAUGGGCGACCUUCAAGCAUAAGUAUUUUGACACUCCUUGGUCGUUCAUUUCGGCGUUGGCUGCAUUUGUGCUCUUAUCGCUUGCAAUUGCCCAAACUUUCUACACCAUCUAUGCUUACAAGAAUCGGAAUGAUGGGUCCCCUUCGUUAAAGUGAAUGGGAAUGAAAUUUAUAUUUAGGAAUCGUAUGUAAUUAGUUUACAUCAAGUUGUUAACAGAGAUAUUGUAGAAGAGAUGGCUCCAGCUGUAGAAAAUCGUCCCCUGCUUUUGGUAUUUUCUGAUGCACUAUAUGUACACAAGCUUGCUGCUGCUUAUGAGUGCCAAAUUGUAGAAGGAAUUCUUAACCAUCAACUGAAGCAGUUUGUGGUAGAUAGUAAAAAGGUUGUACGGAGUAUAUGUGUUUUCAUCCUAGUUGUUCCA